UAAUUAGACGCGUUAACCUCAAACGAGCAAGAGUUGUGUUGACUUUUCAUUUUUGAAUGAAAUUUGUGUGUUCAUUUUAAAAGAGAAAAAUAUAUUUUUUAAUUGUAAAUAAUAUUAAAAGAAUUCCAUUACCAUUUGGCUAUAAGUUGGCGUGGAAACUCAUCUUUAUUCACAACUGCCAUUUUUACAGAGAAAAAGAGUAAUUUAUUAUUAUUAAAAUUUACCAAUUGUUUGGAAGGUUUUUUUUAAAAAGAAAACACAUAAAAAUGCAAUAAUAUGAAUUAAAGUAAUAUUUAUAGAAUUUGUUUUAUAAUAUAAUAUAUGAUAAGGAUAAUAAGAUGUCGUCCGAGGAUAUUAAAUCAGCUGAGUUGGAAACAUCAACAUCAAAUGAUCAAAACAUUGAUGAUAAAAAUAAGAAGACAUCGCUUAAUACGUCCAUCGUUGCAGAACAUUAUAAUUCUCUUGAAGAAAGAGGUUUAAAUGAAAGAUUUCACAGCAGAAUUGUUUAUAUGCGAAAUUUUAAUAAUUGGAUUAAAAGUGUUUUAAUAAAUGAAUAUAUGUUGAAAAUUAAAAACAAUUGUACUUACGGCACUCCUUUGAGAGUGUUGGAUAUGUGUUGUGGAAAAGGAGGAGAUCUAUUUAAAUGGAAACAAGCCAACAUCUCACAUUUAAUAUGCGCAGACGUCGCCGGUGUUUCCGUUAAACAAUGUGAAGGUCGAUAUAAUGAUUUGAAACAGAACAAUAGUUAUAAUUUCUCGAAAAUUUUCAAAGCUGAAUUUAUUACUGCUGAUUGUACAAAGGAACGGUUGAAAUCAAAGUAUCAGGAUCCUAGCAUCCAACUUGAUUUAGUAAGUUGUCAAUUUGCACUACAUUACAGCUUUGAAAGUCUUGCGCAGGCUGAAUGUAUGAUCAGAAAUGCAAGUGAGAAUCUUAAACCAGGAGGUUUUUUUAUUGCCACUAUACCAAAUGCCUACGAUCUUGUACAUGAAUGGAGGAAAGCAGACGGUGACGAAUUUGGGAAUGAUGUUUACAACGUAAAAUUUAGUGGAGACAAAAAUGACAUUCCAUUAUUUGGUGCCAAAUAUAAUUUUCAUCUUGAAGGGGUAGUCGAUUGUCCAGAAUUCCUUGUUUACCUUCCAGUAUUAAAAAAACUCGCAUUAAAAUUUGGUUUAGAAUUUUUAUCUUUCGAAAGGUUUAAUGACUAUUACAAUCGUUUUAAAAAUCAAGAACGCACACUUUUGAGUAAAAUGCAGGCUUUAGAAACUUAUCCACCAUAUCACGACACGCCACUACGUGGUAAGCAUCCUGAUGAUUAUGAACACGCUAUAGAAUUUAUGAAGAACUCCACAGAUCAGCGUAAAAUUGGAACUUUAACAUUAUCAGAAUGGGAAGCAAUUUCAUUAUAUGGAAUUGUAACGUUUAAGAAGUUAAGGUCUACGUUGAAUGCUGAAGGUAGGACAGAAUAUUUUAAAUAAAAAAAUAAUUAAGAUCAUGUAACAAAUUAUUUUAAUGAUAAGUAACAUAAUAAAUUUCUUUGAAGGAGAAUUAUUACUUUUAAUGUAGAAUAAAUAUUUCUGUUGUUAAUGCUUUUCGAUUUGAUCUUAAUUUUCAGUGAAUUAAUUAAAUAUUCUUGGAUAAUUGUAAAUUACUUUUUGUAUACUAUGCAAUUUAAUUAUACUGGUUUUCAUACAAACCUAAAAAAUACGUUUGGAAAAUCUAAAAGAGAAAAGUUCCAGCAAAAUUAUAUAUAUAUAUGUAAAAUAAGACAAUAAAACACCAGUUGCUUUCACUAUGUA